CAAGGGCUGCUUCCGUCGGCCAAGGCCGCUUCAGGCAGUGCCGGGCCGGACUGGGCUCAGCGCCGCACCUGGGGAUUGGGGGACCUCGGCCCUUCACCCGGUUUGUCGCUCUGUAUAUCCUAGCUAUCCGGUUCCGGGGGAGCAAGUCAGUUGUGACUGCCUGAAGCUACCGCUGCGACUGUAAGAUCACCUAGUACGCAGAGACGUCUUGCCUUGGCGGCUCUAGGCCUUGCAGCAUCGUCCCGGCCCCUCGGGCAGCAGGCAGCAAAAUGCUGCCAACUACUUCAGUUAAUUCUCGGAACCAGGGCAAUGGUGCGUUGAACUCCAGAGAUGCUGCCAGGCAUACGGCUGGAGCAAAGCGCUACAAGUACUUGCGAAGGCUCUUCCACUUCCGACAGAUGGAUUUUGAGUUUGCUCUGUGGCAGAUGCUCUACCUAUUUACUUCACCACAGAGGGUUUAUAGGAACUUUCACUACAGAAAACAAACGAAGGACCAGUGGGCAAGAGAUGAUCCUGCUUUCUUAGUACUUCUCAGUAUCUGGCUGUGUGUGUCUACCGUGGGAUUUGGAUUUGUGCUGGACAUGGGAUUUUUUGAAACAAUAAAGCUGCUACUUUGGGUGGUAUUCAUAGACUGUGUAGGGGUUGGCCUUCUGAUAGCAACUUUAAUGUGGUUCAUUUCUAAUAAGUAUUUGGUAAAGCAGCAGAACCGAGACUAUGAUGUGGAGUGGGGAUAUGCCUUUGAUGUUCAUCUGAAUGCUUUCUAUCCACUUCUAGUCAUUUUGCAUUUUAUCCAACUGUUCUUCAUCAAUUAUGUCAUCAUAUCCGAUUCAGUCAUUGGGUAUUUUGUUGGGAACACGCUAUGGCUGAUUGCAAUCGGCUAUUACAUCUAUGUGACAUUCCUAGGAUACAGUGCAUUGCCAUUUUUGAAGAACACAGCUAUUCUUUUGUAUCCCUUCGCACUUCUCAUCAUGCUCUAUUUGAUCUCAUUAGCAUUUGGCUGGAACUUCACCAAGAUGCUUUGUUCUUUUUAUAAAUACAGAGUGAAAUAAAAACAGGACUUCAUGUAUCAUGUUUAGUUUGGUUUAAUCUUAGCUGUCUUGACAUAAAGAAAAACAGUUAAGAGCUUUUUGUAAAUGGUUGUAAAUUUCUCUUUAUUGUAGAUAAUUGUGUAAAAAAAAAAAGCUUGAAGUGUAAUUUUUAUUAAAAUAUUUACAACAGUAAACAUGUUAGCAAUUUUGUUUGAAUACUUUUGCAGUACAUUGCUAAAAACAAAUUACUUGUACAUCGUUGUAGCUUAAAUUUAGCUGCAACAAGUCUAUUUAGCAUAAUUCUUACUGCAGAUAUUUUGCACAUACUGGCAUAAGCUCAACUUUACAAGUUUAAGUGACACUGAAAAAGCAGUUUCAUUUAAGACUAAUACUGGAAUAGGUUGCCUCUGGAGUGUGUGAAAAUAGGACUUUUUAACAGUGUUGCAAUGGUAAAGCAACAAUUGCCUCUACAUACAGAACUAUCCUCUCCUUUUAUAUAAGAACUUUAGAACAGAUUUAUUUUCAUGUCUUUAUUUCAAAUAUACAUGGACAACUGGCACACAGAAGAAACAUUGAUGAAAGGCACAAUUAACAUGACCCCAUAACAGGUUUCCAAAUAUAGCAGCAAGUUUUUAAACCCAAUCUAUAGAAGUCCAGUGGGUAUUAUUACAUCCGCUAAUGUGAGUGGCUUGUUAAUGAAAAUGGAGGGAAA